UAUUUAUCAAAUCAUGAGGCUUGUUGUGACGGGUGCAAAAAAAAGGACGCCCACCUCAAGAAGUGCAACAUGGUGCCGUACAAACUGCAGACCUGCGGACCUUCAGAACCUCCCAAGGAUCCUAGCAAGUCAGGUUGCACUGAGUGCCCCAAGUUUAAAUGGAGGACUUGGAGUUCAGCGUGGAAAUCUGUGACCGUGACUGGCAAUGCUUUUUUGAGAUGUGCGAGGAGUGCGACUUGCAUCCUCCAUCGCUGGCGACAGCGGACGACUCUGGGCUGAGUGAUGGCGAUCACACAAAGUCAGCACCGCUAGAACGUGCCCCAGAACCCCAUCUGACCGGAUGCUACUCAGAGGCCGAAUGCUCUUUGGACAACAUACAUGACUGCAAGGGCUUGGACGUGAAGACCCAACGUGGUGAACCGGCCACCAGUGGAAUGGAGAGCAUCCUGUCGGGAAGUGAGGAAGAUAUCCACCUGCAGUCCGUCAAUAUGUUCUUCGAAGGGGUGACAAAGCGGGCAAUCGCUGGCAAAAACAAAGCGUCAAAGCAGCAGGAGGAUGGACUUUGCAGCAAUGGGAUGGAAGCCAGCUCCGAGCUGCCCGCCAGGGAUGAAACAAUAGUUGUCAAAAAGAACGACCUUGACAAAAUGGACACUCUAAAAAAAGCCCAGCUUGUUUCUUAUACUUUACAAGAGCCUCCAUCCUGCAGCUCAGAACUCAUGACUGCCAGGUCAAGUCAUACUGAGUCUCUUCAUAAACCUGAGGCGUCCUUCAGCCUUCAUGUGUCACAAAUAACCACAGUCAGCACAAAAGAAGUCCUUAGCCCAUCAUCAUCACCGGCCACCAUGAAAAGGAAGAGAAGGAAGAAGAGAUCGCACAGCAUGCCCACAUCCCAGAGUAGACUUGAGCGAAGGACAGAUGACGAACAGAGUUUUUCUCCAUCCUAUCGUGACAUCAAGGUAUUAUCCUCAAAUGUGUUGCAAAAAACGGAUGAGUUAGCCACAACCGCAUUCCCGUGUGGAGGUACCUGUCAACAUGGAAGUAAUCUAGUGAGCUUUAUACAUCCAAGUUGUGAAGACCAAUUCAAUCUAGAAGACAGUAGAUCAAAAGUCCAAACACCUACUAGGGGAGCACACUUGGAUAAUGAUGGGGAUGAUGUGGAUGGUGGCCAAGGUGACACCCUAUCUGCUGCUAAGUCCGUCCUGGCCGUGGAGGCUUUACAUUCUGGCAGAGACGAGCACGCAUGGUGUCAAAGACAGACUGAGCACCAGCAACAGCUGGAGAUGGAAACUCACCAUCAGGACCAAAAUAGCCAUGACGUUUUGUCCGUAGCGCAAACGCAGAAGUCAACCUUUCCCAAUCCAGGACUCCAGAUGGGCGAAAUCACUCGCUCUCCAGUAGAUGAGAUGGUAACCAAAGUCACCUGUGCUGAAUUAACAUCUGACUCCAUGGAAUUAUCAGAUCAUAAAAGGAUUUCAUCAGAAAGACCUUCCGGUUUAGCUCUCAAGGAAACAGAACAUCACGUAGAAAGGAAUAAAUGCGAUAAUGAAGACUGUGAGAUUAGCUCUUUUGCCGAUCAUUUUACACAUAAGAAAGAAAUAACUCCAGAGUUUGAAAACAAAAGGCCCGUACAGUCACCAUCCAAUACAAAUAUUGCUGGCCCAUGUUCACGUCCCUGUCAAGAUCCCGAUCCAGUUGAUAGAUGUGCCUCAGUCAUGGUCACACAUGAAGAAAGAGCUCACGGCACAGGACAAAUGAGAAGAGAUUUAAAGGCCGGAGAUGAGGCUGUGCUCUCAACGUCGUGUGCGCCUGAAGAUACGCCAAAUUCCAAACAUCCAAUUUUUGUCAUGUCUUCUUUUUGGAGUGAGAUGGAAAAGCUGACAAUUAAUGACAUCAUGGGUCUAAGGAAGACGAAUGAGGAGACAGACGAGAGCAAUUCCGGUCUUUCCUCCCAAUGUGUUAAGUCCAAGGCACUGCCAACUGGUGAGAACACUUGUGGCCAUCUUGAUUCCACUUCUUCAAAGCUGCUGUGGGAGAACGAACCUGUUGACGUGUAUACCGACAAAGCGGAGGAGACUUCGUUCAUUGGCUCACCCAGACAAGGAAGCCCACCAAAGAACCUCCGAAAGAUAUCGAAAAACGCAAGCGUGCACAAUCUGCGAGCUUUAGAUUCUCUGGAACCGCACAACCAAGCAAAGAAAGGACAAACUUUACAAACGUUAAAAGAAGUUGAGAUGAAAGAAGUAGACGAACACGAUCUAGCUUCGACGCGCAGCUAUAGUUUCUCUCUUUCUGAUAUAUUUCAGUUUCUACUUGGUGGAAAACAACAAAUCCACAGCGGAUCAGUGAAAGAUGACGUCAACAUGGAUGGAAAUUCACUCCCAGAAACUUACGAUCAUUUCUUUGCAGAGUUUGGGAUAGAAAACUUCUUCUACCCUUUUGUUACAGAAGAGGCGCUAGAGCUAACGUCCGCACAGACAAAUUUACACUUGCCAGACGCCUAUGAGUAUUUCUUUGCAUCCUCUUCUUCCGACGAUUCCACAGGCGAGGAGGAGGAGGAGGAGGAGGAUGAAAGUUGUGGUCCAGUGAGGGUGGUAAGCAGGUUUAGCCAAAAACUAAACACCACUCAAACCUUGACGGACAAUUAUGAGAAUUUCUUUUGUGACAGUGACAUGCGAGAGAAUUUCUUUAGGACAGCGACAUUCUCCUUCAGGAAUUUUCAUCUCACUGGAGGUGCGGUACAAAGCAAGAGGUCACUCCCAUCAUCAAUUGUAGACGUGGGACAGAAUACGCAAAGGGCGCAUCCUUCUCAUGAUUUAGGGCACAUUGACUUUCCUGAUUUGCUCAUCCAACAAAGAGAAAACAUGAUCACCACACGGAUGUUGCCGCCACAACUACAAUAUGAAGACAUAGGAAGAGCUGUUCCAAAUCCAAGGACAGAUGUAGCCCUGCUGCCUCUCAGACAAUCAGAUAUGUGUCUGGUCUGUAUUGCGUUCGCUUCCUGGGUGCUGAAAACAGCAAAUCCGCAAGUUGGAGACAUGUGGAAGGCUGUUCUGCUGGCUAAUGUAAGCGCUUUGUCAGCCAUUCGAUACCUGCGGAAGAACAUCAAGGUGGAGGUGGAAGACGCUCAGAAGAUAGAGCAUCUUACCACACACGGGGGUACUUGAUCACUUUACUAAGUCUUUUCCUUUUGGGAAAAAAGUAAGCAAGUAGAAGUGACAGACUGACACUAUGCUUUGAAGUUUGCUUUUACUAUAUCAUACUGACACAAGAAAAUACUGCAAAAGUUGAUGGAAGGCAAUUCAUGCAGCAAAAAAGUAAAUCGCUUCUCCUGAAGAUUGAGAGGACAAAAGGAUAUGAGGGAGCAACACUGUUCCUGAUAAACUGGCUAGUUCUAAAUUUGCUAGUUCAAUCAUUCAAAAGUUGGAAGCAACAAUUGCUGUCACCGAGAGCACCUCAAUAGCUUAGCUGACUAAUAUUGCUAGCACCAUUGAGAGAAAUUAAACUUCAUAUUAACAGAUGUUUGUAUUUUUGUGAAGCAGCUAACAAAGGCAUGCCAAUAGUCUACAGCUCAUACAAGUAUACAUGAUUAUCUUGGAGCAGAAAAAGAUGUACCUGUGUAUUUUGAGGAAUUCCGCUGAUGAUGACAUACUCCAUCCUGCAUGUCCUAAGUGCCAACAAGUCCCUGCAUGCUGCAAAUCUCCAUUUGGGCCAGAAAGUCUUUUCCUUUGUAUAUUGUGUGUCUUCUGGCCCUGGUUAAAAACAGGAGCAGGUGAACAAAAUCAUCUUUCUCCCUCCCACUUGAACUGUUCCAGGCAAGCAUUGCACAGCAAGUCAUCAUUAUUUUAUUUGAGGCUGGCUGUCAAUCAAAUUUCUUUAGUCACCCAAGCAUAAUGCAACUAACUCCGAGAUGGCGACCACUGAGGUGUUUGAAAUCAUGGUAAAACAUCCAUUAAAUUGGGAAGCCAAGAAUGUGGCAGGCAACUUAGGUAGUAAAGUGAUUUGCCUCGCUGCAUUUGGGGUGUGGCAUAACGUGUGGUGAGUUAAUUCGAUAAAUAAAUGCCACUUUGCACAAAAAGUAAAUGCAGAAUUGCAAACUACUUUUGUUGGCUACUGAUUUAAAUAUUUUAAUGCACAAACAAAAAGGACCAAACCCAGUUUUUGAUACGCGCGUGCGUCUUUUUGCAGUGACUUGUUUUAAUUGGUCACUAAACAUGCCUGGGAAAAACGCCUAUAUAUUUUGCUCAAAUGUUGUAAGGAAUGUUGUAUACUAUUCAAGCGCUAGAGGGCAGCAUAUGAUCACGAGACAUGCAGGAAAAUGCAUACGUUGACAGAAAAAUAUUGAAAAAGCACCUUAUGCUGUCCUUUCGUGAUUUAAUCCUGCAGGUGAAAAUGUAGAAAAAUAAAAUGUCUUAUUUGA